UGCUUUAGAACCGUUUCUUCCUGCCCGCCUGUCUCAGUGCUUAAAACCGUGUUGGAAGAGCGUUGAGGAACGGUGUAGAGUGUAAAAGAAAAGGAGUUAUCUCUAAGGAAAAGGGAAAAAUACAAAUCCUUAAAGUCGGCACAGAGAUAUAACCACCGCGCUGUGGAGGAGGGAGUUCUACGAGAGACCAUUUCUGGUUAUACGCUCGCGACAGUCAUCGCGGCAUCUAUGGCACAGGGACUGUUGUGCGUGACUCCAGGCUAUGAACUUCAUUCUCAACCGUGAAGGGGAUUAAAAGUGAACGCGCACACCUGUUUUUCCACUGCGGUUUAUUGAUACGAUUGGAUUGCCCGUCUGCAGGAAGUAAAACCAUGAAGAUGUCUCCCCCAGACCGAAGGAAAAGCAUGCGAGACCUGGCGCUGGAGAUUGGCAUACGAGUUCUCCUCUUCGGAGUUUUCGUUUUCACAGAAUUCCUGGAGCCUUUCGAGAGAGUCAUCCAACCGGAGGAGCUGUGGCUGUAUAAGAACCCCCUAGUGGAAUCAGACCACAUCCCGAAGAGGGUCAUGUUCGCAAUUUCAUUCCUCACCCCCCUGGCGGUUAUAUUUGUGGUGAAGAUCAUACGUCGGACAGACAAGACGGAAAUCAAAGAGGCUUGUCUUGCUGUGUCCCUGGCUCUGGCCUUGAACGGGGUCUUCACCAAUACCAUAAAAUUGAUAGUGGGCAGGCCAAGGCCAGACUACCUCCAGCGCUGCUUUCCAGAUGGGCAGGUGAACGCGAAGAUGAUGUGCACAGGCGAGCCGGACCUGGUGUCUGAGGGGCGCAAGAGCUUUCCCAGCAGUCAUUCCUCAUUUGCAUUCUCUGGCCUGGGCUUCACCUCCUUCUACCUGGCCGGGAAGCUGCAGUGCUUCACUGACAGCGGGCGUGGCCGCAGCUGGCGUCUCUGCGCCAUGGUUCUGCCCCUCUACAGUGCUAUGAUGAUUGCACUGUCCCGCACCUGCGACUACAAGCAUCACUGGCAAGAUGCCUUCGUUGGGGGAGUGAUCGGCCUGGCCUUCGCCUACAUCUGCUACCGCCAGCACUACCCGCCUUUCCUGCACAUAGACUGCCACCUGCCUUACGCCAGCCUGGCUGCCACGUCCAGCGCCGCCCAAGACGAGCCCCAGCCUACCGACAACGCCACCGGCCUCCCCCUGGAAGGGCUGACGGAGGGGCCUGUAUGACUAACGCAGACCCCCGACCCCCCUCCCCUCCCAAACCCCCUUCACGUGGACUAUUAGCCACAAGGACUACUAGCACUUAAACAUUCCAGUGGACAUGACUCCUCCUCAUCUUCCUCCUCCCGAACCUGCUUCCUUCCGUUCCCGUUUUGUGUCAGCCAUCUCGCGGCUCCUUAUUUAUUUACAGUGCGCUGUGGGAGACAAAUAGAGGCAAAAAAAUAGAAGCAAAUACACACAUGCAAGGUCACAACAAUAAUGGCGUCAGCAAAGUCAAUUAAAAUGUCAUAUCUGCACUCUGCAGAUGUUUAUUUGCUUUGGGUUUUUUGGCCCAUCUGCCUCCAUAUCAAUAUUACUGUAGCAAGAUGCAUUUGGCUGAAAUAUUUAACGUAUUUCACAUAGGUGGGGAAGAGGAACUUCAACGUCAUCCUAAGAUCAAAUAAGUAAUGCCAUUAGAAU